GCCUUACCCCUCCUUGUGUUGGCAACAGAGAGCCUUUUUGCCCUCUUCCCUACGUUUGGUGAAAAAUGGGUCGCGUUCGGACCAAGACAGUCAAAAAGGCUUCACGCCUCAUUAUCGAGAAGUAUUACACGAGGUUAACCCUCGACUUCCACACAAACAAGAGGAUCUGCGAAGAAAUCGCAAUCAUUCCCAGCAAAAAGUUGAAGAACAAGAUAGCUGGGUUCGUCACCCAUUUGAUGAAGCGUAUCCAGCGUGGACCCGUACGAGGCAUCUCCAUCAAGUUGCAAGAGGAGGAAAGAGAAAGGAGGGAUAACUAUGUUCCUGAGGUCUCAGCCCUGGAACAGGACGUUAUUGAAGUUGACUCUGACACCAUGGAGAUGAUGAAGGCUCUGGAGAUGGCAAACAUCCCAGGAUUGCAAGUUACACCUCUGAUGCCCUUCCGGGGAGGACCACGCGUUUAAAGAUCAGUAAAAGAUGUGACACCUCA